UUUUAGUGCAGAAACGUUUGAGACGCGAACGGAGAGCCAGAAGGCAACUUCAAGAGCAGUUCGAGGUGGAGGUGAAGAGACGUCUUCAGAUGGAAGAAGCCCUGAGGGCCGCCGGUGCCGGGGAACAAAUACGGAUCAUAAACGAGAACUUCGCUGCCGACAACGAGCAGAAGCUGAACAACCAGAAGAACAACAACAAUUCUGUGCCGAAUCAGAUACAGGACCGCAUCGAGCGUCCGCAGGACAACAGAGAUUGCAGCUCUCCCACCAACUAUCCCCAGAAUCUUCAUCAAUCCCAACAGCAGCAACAGAGGGAACAGCAACAGCAGCAGGUGACGUCGGAAACGAAACCUUGGGGUUACUCUGGCAUAGACCUGAUAAAUUCCGGCGCCGCAUUCUGGCAGAAUUAUUCUGAAUCGUUGGCACAGGAACUGGAAUUGGAGAGGAAAUCCCGGCAGCAGCAAGUCGAACGCGACGUCAAAUCACCUCUUCAGGACCGCUCAGCUUACUACAAGAAUUCAGUUCUGUUCACGAGCAGUGCGACUUAAAUAAACGUGAGACCAAGACGUGAAUUUUUAUUCCCCAAAACAUGAGUAUCAUACGGUAACAUCAU